AGGGGCUGGCGCCAGAUUGGGCUGGCACCUACGCAAGGUCAGCACCAUCUUUUGGGCGUGCGGCUGCCUACACUGGGGCCAGGACCUACCACAGGCAAAAUUUGCUCUAUGAAAAAUUGAAGUUGAAGGAGAAGGAGGUUAUGUCAUUUCUGCAUAACUUAGAGAUGGAAAACAUUGAGGCCCGAGAGAACAACCAGGAACUCAAGAAGGAGAUAAAUUUCUAUCAUAACCUGCACAGCUGGCUCCUGAUGGAGAAGAAUCUUAUAAAGAAGAAGUUGAUGAUACUGAAGCAGGAGAGCAAGAAAGUUCAGGCUGAUUGGGCCAUCAUUCAUCAAUAUUUGGUGGACUUGAACCUGGUUGGUAAAGAUGAACAGGAGAAGACCAGCAACCUUGAGACUCAAGAACAUCAGAUAGGGACAAACAAUUCAGUCUCAGAAACUGCAAGAGAGCUGAGAUUGGCCACAGCCCAAGAAGAGAGCAUCCUGCAGAAUGAGUUGCCAUCCCAAGAGCCCCCUGCUGAGCACCAUCCCCAGCAUCCACAAUCUUCCUUGGAUAAAUCUUCUUCCAUAUAG